AUGGCUUUUGGUGGGUGAAAACUCUAUGUUUCUUGAAAUGUUUGAAAACAUGUCAUUUUUAAAACUGUGUGUCUUUAUAAAGUAUUAAACAUAAACUAAGCCUAAGCCCAAGAAUGUUCCCCAAAUUUUAAACUUUUCAGAAUUUGUAGUUAACCUGGCGCGCGCUACACGGCCGGCUACCGCGGCCAAGCCGCAAACGCCAGACCCAUGUGAUUCAACACCAGCACCCAAAACAGCACCACCUGGACCAAAAGCCCCACCACUCACAAAAGUAGUUCAACAAAAAGUGGUACCAGCAAAAGUUGUACCACCACCAUCAAAAGUGGUUACGCCUGCGCCAAAAAUUGGUACCGCAACACUUGCACCUGGUACUCAAGGAAGCCCUAUUUCUAAUAAUGUUGGUUUAAUAGUAUUUUCCUGGAUCGUUGUCGCUUUUAUUAGCUGGUGGUUUUUGACGAGGCAUUACAAACAGAAGGCUGAUAAGGAUAAGGUGGAAGCGGCCAAGAAGGCGGCCGAAGAACGGCGGAGAAGCGAACUUAAUGUGGGGUUGGCGAAUGGUACUGCUGGGUAUAGUAGGCAAGUUUUUUUUAAUUUUACAAGGCUUUUUUUAAUUAAUUAUUUACGACCUUUAACUAAUUUUAUAAAAAAUUUUAAAAUAUUGUUUUAGCCAGCAAAACGAAUGGAUUAACGAGGUCAUCAUCUGGUUAGCUUCUCAUAACUCCUUUCCUAUCGGUUUGACUGAUUUAUGGCUCAACUCCCUUAACGAUGUAGCCAAAAAACUCAGCGUUCCGGUUAGUUUUCUAUAUUUAUUAGCAAGAAGGUCAUUUUUAUUGGCUUUAUGUAACAUAUGGGUAAUGAUUAUCCGAAGUUACCUAAUAUUCAUGACGAUUACCUAAUAUUGAUGAACUAUAUAGCCUUAGAGAAAUUGUCAGAAAUGGUGUUGCGCAACGUUUUAUUAUAUAAUAUUGUUUAAUUUUGUAAUAAUUGCCUCGAUGUAAAACGACCCAACAAAUUACUGCGAGUGCUGGGAUCUCACUCCGACUUUCUGCGAGGUACUUACUACAUUUUAUGUGCCAUACCUUAUAGGUAUAUAAAUGCGUACUCUGCUGUAGGAGCCUCAUUAUAAGUUAUACCUAAGCUAAGCUAAGCCUAAGCUAAGCCUAAGCUAAGACUAAGCUAAGACUAAGCUAAGCCUAAGCUAAGCCUAAGCUAAGCCUAAGCUAUGCCUAAGCUAAGCCUAAACUAAGCCUAAGCCAAGCCUAAACUAAGCCUAAGCUAAGCCUAAACUAAGCCUAAGCCAAGCCUAAGCUUAUGCUUUUCCUUAAUGAAAACAGUUUUAUGUGCCAUAUUCUAAGAGUACAUAAGCCUACUUUGGUUACGUAAUAUGAUUUUUCUGCGGGGUACUACUUUUUACCUGCCAUACUUUAUGAGUAUAUAAAUUUGUAUUAUGCCGAUAGAAAUUAUUAAUUUUACCUAAGCUAAGCUGAGCUAAGUUUAAACUAAGCCUAAGCUAAGCCUAAGUUUAGCUUAAGCUUACGCAAUAUAUUAUUUUCCUGUACGCAAUAACAUUUUAUGUGCCUUAUUGCAAAGGUACAUAAAUCUACUCGGAUUACGUAAAACCUUAAUAUUAUAUUAACUAUAUUAAAGCGUGCAUAGCGUAACUUUACUAGAGAAAAUUGACAUAUUCCUAUAUAAUAAGCAUAACAAUAUGUGAAACUAUAACAAGUGUAAUCAUUUUAUAUAUCAUUCUUUUAUACAGGGUCAAAAUGAAGUGCUAUUCGAACGUGCUCAGUCGAUACCGGACGCUGACAAAUGUCCCCGACUCUCCAACAUUAAACCUCAUCGGAAUCCAAAUGGUCAAUUGGUGAGUAAAACUUUUAAAACUACUAUUCUAGGUAACAUUUUACUGUAAUAUGUGUUUUUUACUUUGUAUUUUUAAUGAUUUUAGAUAGUAAACGCUACUGUAAGAAUACCAAAAGCAAUACUACGUUUGAUAGCAUCAGAGAGUGUGGACAAUCAUGUAGUAGUUUCUAAUUAUGAAGCUACGGUGGAAGAUCUGUAUGGUGAGGUGGGUUGUUGUACACUUUUCUUAAGAAAAUUGAACGACUGGACUACUGUAUUUGAUUCUUAAUGAAAAAAGGUUUACUAUAUGUAAUUUGGUGUUAAGAAGUUACAUUUAUUAAGUAUUUUUGAUAUUUAUCUGUUAGAAUACAAAUUAAAAUGGCCUUUUAGUGUGAAGCAAGGUUGGCCUACAUAGCAGAAGAAGUCUACUUGAUGAGUUGUUUCAGUGGCCGACCAGAAAUGAGGGUUGUGCUGGUCGAUGUUGAUAAGCCGGUAUGUUGAACCUUAUAUUGUUAUAUCAUCUGCUCAGCUUUUUGGUUUAAAAUUUUAUAGUUAAAGUACAUAUUUUACAGUAAGCUACAGAUAAAUCUCUUUAAAUACAGUGGUGGUACAGUACUCUACAUAUAAAACAUAUAUAUAACGUUAGUAAAAUAGCUAACUUGCAGUACUAUGCUGCCUUUUCUUACUAGUAGUAGUACAAUGUCUAUACUAUACAGUAAACUUCAAUACAUCUAUUUACAGGCAGCAUACCAAGACAAUUCCGUGGACAAUCCAAAAGUAGAAGGUUUGAUUCGAAAGUGUAUAGCAUCGGCCGUUUUGAGUAUCAACUUUCACGAAUAUAUCUCCACCGUUCACAGAGAAGGCUCGUACAUACCGCAACAACCAAAUGCCAUUUCGAAUCAAACCGAAAGUUAUCGACAACAAAAUGGUGGACAUUUAAAUGCGGCUCAUGUAAGUUUUUUUUAUUUUUUUGGAUUUUUUUUUAAUUUGAAAAUAGUUUUAAUAUUUUUAAAUUUAAAAAUAAUUUAAAAUUUUUAUCUUUAGCCAUUUACUACAUCAAAUGCCGACUUUUCGUCGCUGAACAAGCUUCGUAUCAAAGUGUUGAAAGCUCAAAGGCUUAACAUUGGUGAUGGUAUGUUUAUCUUUACUUUAGGCCUUUCGCCCUUUACUGUAUUAAUAUCACUUUACUGUAUUAAUAUCACAUACCUAUUAGCCAUUUAUGUUUUCAAAAUUACGUUUUCUAUAAAGUUUUUGACCGAGCUAUUUUUCCAUUUUAGCUGAUCUUCAUCCAUAUGUGAAUGUUGAGAUGGAUGAACCAAACCAAAAGUUUUCUACGGUGGGAGCCAGUGGUGCUAAUCCAACUUGGGAUGAUGGUACAGAAUUGUAAGGCCUUUGAAGUUAAUUAAAAAUUUUAAUAUGGUACUAUUUUUCAAUUAUAUUAUAGUACUGUGAUAUAAUGUUUUAAAAGUAUGAGUAGGUAUAAUACUAUUAUAUUAAGUUAUACGUUUAAAUGUCAACGAGUACUAUUACUUAUAAGUCUAAGUAUCAUUUUACUGUCAUAUUGUAAUGACAAACUAUUUCAGUACGGUAAAUCCGAAAAGUGACGAAGUUUUGAUUGAAAUCUAUGGAGCAGCAGGCCCAAAGCGCAAAGAAAACGACAAAUUCCUAGGCUUAGCAAUUGUUGGAGUAAAUGAAUUACGAUCAUCUAGCGACGUUGUUCACCAUCUUCAGUUACAGAACCGACCAUACCAAAACGACCGGGUUUCUGGGGUUUUGAGCAUUCAGGUAAUCAGAGUUUCCUCGGGCUCCGGAGCCGGAACUAAAAUUUUAAAAAAGGCGGAGCCGGGGCUGGAGCCGUAGCCGAAAAUUGUCAAUUUCAGUGUAAAAAUGACUUUUUGUUAAGUUUUUAAACUUUUAAACUUCAGACAGAAUUCUACCACGAUGCAUCACAACCAUCAUCAUCCUCAAAACAUCUAUCAAAUGCCAAACUUCAAGAAAAUGAGCGAAAAAGACUGUCCCAACAAUUCAAAGAAAGCCCAUUGUUCCAUACGAUUCAAACUGAAAACCUGCCCGUAGGUCAAAGUCAACAAAACUCACCGUUGAACAUAACGGAAAGUGGCAAGGACUUGACCGAACUUGUCGAUCGACCUCAUAAGGAGCCGUUAUUGAGACAAAAUCGAGCUUCGGUUCGAGUGAAGGAACGACCAACGGCCGAGAUUAUCGACCAAUCGUGGGACGUGGAUGAGAAUCAACCACUUAUCGACAAUUCUCGGGAACAAAGUCUAGGUGUUGAGGAUGAUAGAAGAGGUAAGGAAAGGUUUUUUAACCAAGUAUUUUUGUUUUGAAAAAAUUCUGAGUUUUGAAUGGUUUUUUGAUAUUUUUUUCACGCUUUUGCAUGUUAUUUUUCAAUAUUCUUGUGGGUUUUGGAAGCUUUUAAAAAUUAUUAAAUAAAAUUUAAGUUUGAUUUAAACUCAACAAGCAUUUAAAAAUAUUAGUUCAACGAUUUUCGGCUGAAAAUCAGCAAAAAAAGCUUUUUAGCAGCGAGUGGUUUCGAUCCACCGACCUCUGGGUUAUGGGCCCAGCACGCUUCCACUGCGCCACGCUGCUACGGGCCGACGUUCUUUUCUUUUCCCUUUUCAUUUCUCUUGUUACCUAAAAAAAGGCGAAACAAAGGUUUUUGAGUAACAGACAUUAGGUUUUAAACCGAAAGUGAUGAAAAACAACAACUUAGGCUAAUAUAGGUAUACAUCUACUUAUAAUUGUCAUCCUUUAGGAGUAAAUGCAUAUCUUGGCCUAAAAAUAAGACAUUUUUUCUUAAUGAUUUGAGUAAUAAAUAACUACAUAGUUAUAAAAAAUCUCUUUUUUAGCAUGUUGGCUUGUUCUUUCGGCUAACAGAUUGCCGCAGAUGUGUUAGAUAUAAAGUUUUAUCACUUGUAAGAAGAGUUUUAAAAAACUUUAAAAACAUGCAUAAAGAGACUUGAAGAGCAAUUAAAAAUGGCAAGAUACGUUCAAUUUCUUCAAACAUUAAACUUUUUUGAUUUUUAAAUUAAUUUUUUAAAUAAAUUAUACUUUUGGCAACGUUUUAAACACUAUAAAAUGCAAUUUCAGGCCGUGACAGAUCCAAAAAAGGUGGUCGGAAACGUGAACGGUCAUUUUUUGAAGAACUUAAAGGCCGGCUAACUGGUGGUAAGAAAUCUUCGAAGAAACGUGCACGAAGCUUGGACGACCAGAAUCCGCAGCUUGAAGAAGCGAUGCAGAGUUUGCCACCUAGUAGAGAUCCAUCUCAAACGCGACAAGUUAGGAAGUUGUGUAAGUUUAAAUUUUAAAUAGACUAUGUCAUAUUCUCUGGUACUUCACUUCUACCACCCCAUCCUACUUUACCCUACCCUCCCCUCGCUUAUAUAUAAAUAUCCUACUCUACCCUAAUUUAUACAUAUUCCGUAUCACCAAUUAUACUCUAAAUAUUUUUAGCCAGAGCAAAUACAGGAGACGAGUUCGAGCCAAGUCCAUCGCCUGUGAAACGAGAACCAUCUACACCGUCACAGUUGAUACUGGAACUAGGAGAGCCAGACCAAAACGAAAAGAAGUACUACUACAUUCCUCACGAAAUCCAGCCAGAUUUGGUGGCUAUUAAGUUUUUGAAACGCGGCAAGAAGUUGCAUAUUCACAACGAACAUACGUUCGUCGCUGUCAAGACCAAAGGGUAAGGUUUGGGUGUUUAGUAAAAAAAAAGGGGGGGGGAGUUCCCGGUGCUAGGAACUCUAAAGUGGUUGUUCGUAUUACUUACAGUAACAAGCAAAAUUUUAGCACAGUCGUAUGCAACGUCUGUCAGCGCAAAAUCUCAUCGACAUUCAUGAAACAGGCCUACCAAUGUCGCGACUGUCGUUUAGUAUGUCACAAAACGUGUCAUGAACACACUGCCAAACACUGUACAGCUCCGACCAUCAGUCAAAAGUUCAUGUAAGUCAACUUAUUAUUAUACGUUGAUCCGUAUAUGAGUAACUAUAACGUCUUAGUUAACAAUUCUACCAAACCAUCUGUAAAAGUUAAAAAAGAAAAUAAUUAUGAACAGCACUGUAUGAAAUUUAAAAAAUUGAUUUUAGAGUACAAGAUGUUGACUGGGAAGAAAUGCUGAGCCGAUUCCGUGUAGAAGAAUUCAUUUCCGGCGAAAAUCUUUAA